AUGACCUCACCCACCUGGCAACACCGCCCGCCCUACCAAGGCCCAACCGAAACCUCACCAGCGCGCAAAUCCUUCACCAAGAAACUCCGCGGCGCGUGCCACUGCGGCCGCGUCGUCUACUGGCUCUCCAGCGACAACCCCCUCAACGUAAAGUACUGCCACUGCCACGACUGCCAGGUCAUCCACGGCGCGCCGCUGCAGCUGGCCGCCAUCUUCGAGAAGGCCGACAUGGCCUUUGAGCGGGGCGUCGAGGGCUUGCACUUUUACAAGACGGACAGCAAGGCCGCGGAGCACGACCUGCCGUGCAAGGUCUCGUGCGGGACGUGCGGGUCGUUUAUCCUCGACGAGGGGCGCAACAUGGUCCUUGUGUCGCCGUCAUUACUGACGCUGGAUACGGAGCGGCUUCGUGAGAACUUUGACGUCAGGCAACAUAUUUUCUAUUCACGACGCGUAAAGGACAUUCUGGAUGGAAAGCAAAAGUGGGCGGGCUUGGAUAACAAGUCUGAGCUUUUGCACGAUGACUAG